AAAAAUAACUACAAAAAGGAAGAGGAGGGUCGUGCGUACUGCGUACGUGGACAACUGGGGUGAGAAUCUGCGCGGCAGGGGGGACCAAUUCGCACACGGCGCACGCCAGCCUCACACAAGCAUGAACGGUCUCGCCUCCUUCUCUUUAUUAACCGCCUCCGUCCACACUCCCCUUACCUACCUCAACUCACAACCCCAGCGGCGCCUCUCCCCUCUCCCAGUCUCCUCUCUCUCCGAUAUGGAUGUGAAUGCUGUUCAAAGUCUGUACCCUUUGCACCGCUGUAAAACUCUUCAUUUGGUGAGGCAUGCACAAGGAAUCCACAAUGUCGAAGGAGAAAAGGACCAUAAAGCAUAUUUAUCUCCUGAACUUUUUGAUGCUCAUCUUUCUCCUCUUGGAUGGCAGCAGGUUGAUAAUUUACGCAAGCAUGUUCAUGCAUGUGGGCUUUCAAAGAGGAUUGAAUUAGUCAUCACAUCGCCUUUAUUAAGGACUAUACAAACAGCAGUUGGAGUUUUUGGUGGUGAAGGCUACACAGAUGGGAUAGAUGUACCACCACUAAUGGUGGCAAAUGCAGGAAACAGUGGUCAUUCUGCAAUUUCAAGUCUAAACUGCCCACCAUUUACAGCAGUAGAGCUCUGUCGAGAACGUUUUGGACUUCAUCCUUGUGAUAAGCGAAGAAGCAUUAAAGAGUAUCAACCUCUUUUUCCUGCAGUUGAUUUUUCAUUGAUAGAAAGUGAUGAUGACAAUUUGUGGGUGGCUGAUAUUAGAGAGAAGGAUGAAGACGUUGCAGCCAGAGGAAUGAAGUUUUUGAACUGGUUGUGGACACGGAAAGAGAAGGAGAUAGCUGUUGUUUCUCAUAGUGGGUUCUUGUACAAUACCCUAAGUGCGUUUGGAGACGAUUGUCAUCCAUCAGUGAAGAGUGAAAUAUGCAAACACUUUGCCAAUUGUGAACUACGUUCAGUGGUAAUCAUCGACAGAAGUAUGAUAGGGUCAGAUUCCUCAAUGACAAACUACCCUGGAAAAAUUCCUCGUGGACUUGAUCUGCCAAGUGAUGUUGCUAGUGAGAAGCAUCCAGAGAAAGGAGUGUCCAACUAAAGGACAGUGGCGGGCAAAGAGGAAACUGAAUCCAUCUUGCUUUUCAAAAACUAUUUGCUGAGGUAUUGCUCUAUUAGGCAGGCAAUUCCAAGAUUUUUUGGUUCGAUUGAAGGCCUGUAAGAGAAGUGUAGUGACCAAUUCUUUCUGUAUGCACUCGACAUGCACUUAGUUAACCCAAUUAAGCUUCUUUUAGUUGGUUUUGCAAUUUGCAUGUCGUGUUUGGUGUAUGAACAGAGAGUAGGAAGAUAUUUUUUUCCUCAGAACUACCAGCAGCCUUUUAUAAUCACCAUAUUUUUCAUAGUGUAAGUUUCCCCUUGAGGUUAGUUUCUUAUUUUGGUGGUGGACAUGAAACCCCAGACUUCACUUCUCUCCCUGAGCUUGGACCCCGGGCAGAGUUGUGGUCUUAAAAACUUGUUGGGCAUGCUGCCUGCUUGAUUUGGAAUAGGGCUUGAUGCGUUUUCAUUGUGGUACCAUUAUAGUAAUAAAAACAUUUUCCUUGUGCUUGUGGCUUAA